CGAGUCCAAGGCCAAGUCACAUCGUCCAAGGAUGCACGAGAAGCACCUUCUUGCCAUUGGGCUCGGCCCAGGACUGGUUGCUGCACGAGCCAUGUCACGCCGCGCGGUUAUUUGCGAGGUCGCUGUGACACCUGACAGUGUCGACACCUGCGUGGGCUUGGCCGCCAAUUGGGGAAUCUCAGUCGAUGAGCUCGAGAAACUAAACCCAGGCAUCACCUGCCCUGACCUCGAUACCAGCAAGGAGUACUGUGUGGUUGGCACCGUCACCAAUGAUCCGUCCACAACCACGUCUGAUACGCGACCCACUACCUCGACCUCGCGGUCCAUCACGUCGACCACCAACCCGUCCUCGUCCACCGCUCCGUCCUCAACAACCUUCAAAUCUUCGACGUCGACUCGGUCUUCAACCACUACUAGUACUUCUGCGACCAACCCAAACAACACCCCAGUCCCAACCCAGGACGGCAUGGUUGGCAACUGCAACAGGUUCCAUUUCGUCCAAAUUGGCCAAACCUGCGCGACCAUUGCGGUUCUUUACUCCAUCUCGGUGCCCCAGUUCAUCCAGUGGAAUCCCGCAGCCAAGGCCGACUGCUCCGGCCUCUGGGCUUCGACGCCAACAAACGGAAUCACAACACCUACACCCGCGCACCCGGGUAUGGUUAGCAAAUGCAACAAGUUCGUCUACGUCAAUCCUGAGGAUACCUGCGACGGAAUUGGCUUCUGGAAUGGCAUUGGGGGCCAGUGGGUCAAGCUCUGGAACGGCAUCAAGGAGGAGUGCAGGUCGAUUCAGGCACACACCUACCUCUGCAUCGGUGUUAUUGGCGGCACACCAACACCGACGCCGACAAACCCCGGAAAUGGAGUCUCGACUCCCCGGCCCCCACACCCAGGCAUGGUCAGCAAUUGUAACAAGUUUGUCUAUGUCAAUCCAGGGGAUACCUGCGACGGCAUUGGUUUUUGGAACGGGUGUUCCGGGAGGCGGGAAGUCGGUCAAGAUCUGGAACGGGAUUGA